GUUGGUGGCCACAUUUUGUAGAUAUCUCCGGAUGCAUAAGUAGAAACUUUGUGUACUUUAAGAAAGGUCUAAAGCGAAUUGAGACUGGAUCAAGAUGAACAUGUUUCAAACAUUCCUCGCAUCAAUUCCCUCGAACCGUUCAGAGAUAGUGAACGAUCUGGAAAUCCCUGAAAUACCGCUGACCCCUUACAUCUGGGAGCCAGACUCUAUCAGCAUCAGCGACAGUUCUCUGGAAACAGUUACGUCAAUUGGUGAAGAGUACGAAGCUGGGAGCCUUAGUACGGAUUCUAGUGUUCCGCUGUCGAGGGCCAUGACUGGUUCGGAGUUUGACUAUGAUUGGUAUAGGAGGUACAAGCGGCUGGAUUUAAGCGACCCCUGGGAGCAGAUGAGGAUCGGCUGGGCCGCGUUUCCACCAGAGCAUAUCGCCACACUUAACAGUCUCAGUCUCCAGUCUACUACGGAUACAACGGACACCCCUCCUCCCUCCAUUUCCUACGACCCAUUUCCGAGCCAAGAGUUCUUGCGCAAGAUAGACCAGUUCUUGGAGGACGAGUGCUGUGCCUUCGGGCCUGAUGAUCCGGCGAUACUGGCGCUUGAGGAAGCGCUAAAGGACGUAGACCUGGAGAAUCUUUAUUCAUAUCAGGAUGUCAUACUAUAAACGCCACUAAACAAACGAUGACCGGUGGAAUGAUAAAGAAGAAUCCCAUGCAUGAAGUGCUAUAAUCAAGAGGAAAGGGGACGACCACUUCUCCACACAAACGUAGUCCCCAUUUUCCUCCCUGGAUAUUGACAUUAUGGAAAAUAUUUUUCCAUAAUUUGAUGUAUAAUAACCAUAGCUAUGCCCCUGUUUGACUUUUUUCGAGUUUUUGAAUAUUGUAAAAAUUUGGUACGGAAACAGAUUUCAUACAAAUUUUUAAAUGCCAUACCAUUGACAUAUAUAUAAGGACGGGCCUUACGGGCACUAAGAAUUAUGCUAGUUCAGCGGUGUCACUCACGAAUUCGAGCUAAUCAUGCAGUCUAACGCAACUAGUUGCGACCAAUCGCGCGCGUGAUGCGAACUCAUCAACCAUUCGCGUUGUGGCGUUACACUGCACGAUUGGCUCGAAUUCGUGUGCGUGACACCGCUGUACUGGCCACAUUCUUAUUGUCCAUAAGGCCCGUCCUUAGAUAUAUGUCAAUGGCUACUACAGAACACAGAGGAAGGACUACGUUUGUAUGAAAAGACGAUUUCGCGCGUGGCCAUAUAUUGGCCAUAUAGUCUAAAUAAAUACAAAAAACAAAUCAAAUACUCCCAAAAAGAGUGCUUGUAGAAUGAAUAGUCACAGCUCCUGAUGUGCCGUUAGAAAGUUUAUAAACGUGCAAAAUUUCCACAUUUAACAACAUAAAAAAAACUUCUAUGGGAAACGAAAUUUUCAUUCCAACAAUUUCCAUAAGUUCUACGGGAUAUUUCAUAAAAAUAAAAGCAAUUUAUGUAAAAUGUACUUUUAAUGGGAAUGAUUUCCAACAUCACAAAAACUGUAUGUACUAGUUCAUGUACUUAAAACUUAUCAUCACGUUUCUGUAAUAGUGUUGCAAGGAAGAAAUCAUGCCAGCAAAAUGUUUAGAACAUUAAGAAUUACAGUUCUAUCGCGAUCUGAAGGGUGUACAGUCACCAUCAGAUAUAUCCGAGCGGCUUCAACACUAAGAUUAAAACAUUUUGCUGACGAUACAAUAAUAGAAAAAUAACUAUACAUAACCUAAUUAUAACAACUAAUAAUAUUGCACUUCUAAUAAUUUUGGAAUAAAAUGAGAUUCAAAGUACAUAAUAUCCUUUUUAGUUUGAUUAAAUGUCUGCACAUAUACGAAGGAUAAUUUAUUUAUUAUUAAUAACACAACGCGGUGAGAUUCAAGGCAAUAAAAUUUUGAUCGUUGGAAGUGUCAUGGAAGGUUCAAUUCACUGCUAAUAACAUAUUUAUUUUUAGAAAGUUUAC